AUGAGGUCACAGCCACUGGUAUUCCCAACUCUACCUCUCCCACCAGCACCUUCCUCCACCUCCUCCUCGUCAUCUUGCAAUCCCUACAGUAGUCGUCCAGCAAUGGGUCUCUUUCACCCUUCUCCCCCAAUUGCCCACCGUCCACCUCCACCUCCUCCUACCAUGGCUCCUCCACCCUCGAGGGCAGCGGCCAUUCUCGCUAGUCAGGCGAUCAAGAAGGAAGCUACUGGGUCAGCGUCAGCGUCAGCAUCAAGCACGGGCGCAGGCGCAGGAGCUGGUGCAACUCUGGCGUCCACGUCGGGCUCAUCCCGUCGGACCUCGGCAGCUGCAAAGGAUAACAAGAGGAGGGCUACUCACAGUCAAAUUGAGAGGAGGAGGAGGGAAAAGAUUAAUGAUCGCCUGAUUACACUUCGCAACCUCGUACCUGCCUGCAACGAGGAGAUUGCCGCUCGACAACGUCUCGAAGGAGGCGGAGGCGAAGCAGGCCAACCAGCCAACGCUGCCUCUCCCACCACUGAAGCAGGCGCAGAUGAAGCCUUGAGCGGUCCAGGAGCGAAGCGCAAGAGGAAGCGAAGUAGGAGAAAGGUAGUCGAAGAGGCCAAGGACAAGGACAAGGAUGCUGAGCCGGAGCUGGGAAUGCACAAGCUCGACGUUCUCACCCAUACCAUCGAUUUCAUCUACCAGCUACAGGCUCGUAUUCAGGAGCUGGAGACGGGCAAGAGGCCUGGGAAGGCACAGAGGAUAGAUAGAGGCGAGACUAUCCAUGAUGAUAUAGUGCAGGACACCACUACCACUCCCCCUCCUACUGGGUUUCUUUCCCAUUCUUCCCCACCUUCUCUCGCUCCUCCCUCCUCGACAGCUACGCAAGUCCCAAUCGACGAAAAGCACCCACGUGGCUUCACGCCUGUCAAGCUAGGAGGAAACUACCCUCGAGAUCUAGGCCAUGUGCGAAGCAUGUCAGCCUCGAGUGAGACUGCAAGCGAGGCAGACUUACCACUGCCUCAUCAGCUGGCUGGCUCUGUCCCCGGCUACGGAUAUGGGUACAAUCAUGGGUACUGGUACGACUCUUCCCCAAAUUUUCCCGCGGCCGCUUCGUCCUCCUCGGCGCCGUCCUCUUCGUCGAAGGGGACCAGCACUCCUGCCUCUAGCGGGGGUCUGUCCAGCCUUACGAGCCCCUUUAUGAGCCUCUCUGCCUCUUCGCCCAUCUUUCUAGCUGGCAAUGGCAGUGGCAGUGGGAGUGGACGCAAGAAGAGCUUUGAUGCAAGGGUAGCAGCACCAUCGUUUGCUCUACCCCCUGCUGCCAUUCCACUGUAUGAGGCUGCACACCCUCACCAGCAUCAUCACGGCGAGGUGCGAGGGCAGCAUGGGUCUACCUCGUCCGUGCGGGACGGUGUGACUCAAGAGGAGGAGUUGGCGAUGAAGGGAGAGGAGGACGAGGAAGAGGACCACGAGAUGGUCCCCGGGGACGAGUAUCCAUCCUGGCCCAACAGCAGCAGCAGGCCGCCCACGGGCAAGAGUCCCGAGCCAGAAGCCUCAUCGGCAGCUCGUCUGCUUCUGGCCAUUUCUGCCUCGCCAGAAGAUGCACUGCGGCCAAUUGGCUCGCGGGUUGAUCCUCGAACCAAUGGUACGACAGCGCCACCAAGAUUGACGAGGAGGAGCACCACCACCUCUUUCCACGUGGAUCGGCCAGAGAUGAUGAUAGGUCGAGGGCUGAGUAACGUCUUCAUCGCCCACUCCCACUCCCAGACCCAGUCUCAGUCCAGCGCUACUUAUCCUUCCACUGCAGCUCACACUCAGUACAGGAGGUGGAUCCCUGGAAGCGCGCCUGGUGGGUCGAGGGCUACCACUGGCGGUGGUGCAGCUGGCAGGAUAGGAUCGCUGCCUAGCCCACCUUUGCUGGCGCUUGAUGAUCAGACGGUGCGAGAGUAG